UGCGAUGUUAAUAGUCUCUGCUUGGACUGAUGAAACUUUCUAGUUGGGGACUAAACUUUCUUCUGCAAGAAAAUAAAUUGCUCUCUUGAACACAGUCCUAUGACUUUGUCUGCACUCCAAGUUUUCAUGAAGUGAGCUGGGAGUUUAGAUUAGCUAUGAUUUAUUUAGCGUUGCUCCAAAAGGAGGUAUGUUGUCCAAGUGGCUUUUUGCUUAAAUCUCUUAUUAAAAACAUGUAAGUAAAGCUGGAGUAGACUGUUCGGAACUAGAUACUUGGAAAACACUUUCUCAUUUUCACAGUUGUGAUUCUUUGAAUAAAUAUUGCAAAUCGAAACUGCUGCUUGGCACAGUCUCAAUUCAAAAUUACUUACAUUGUUCGUAAGAUAUGCUAAGGGCUUGCUUUUGGAAGUCAAUGACUUUCAUGUUCUCCAAGAGGGUUAUGUACAGCUGCUUUAAGAUCCUGUUGAUCAACUGCUUCGUGUUAACAGUGCAUUUUUUGCUAGUAUUGCUGGAGUCCUUGCAGCACGGCUGUAGAAAGACCAAGAAAUGGAAAAAUCAAAUUGAGAGCUGUUCUUUACAUGCUUGAGAAAUCUAACAAAGCUGUCCCUCAUCUUCAGCCACAUGCUAGCAGAAAUCAAGGCUAUUUUUCCAAAUGGCCAAUUCCAGGGUGAUAAUUUUCGUAUCACCAAAGCAGAUGCUGCAGAUUUCUGGAGAAAAUUCUUUGGCGACAAAACUAUAGUGCCAUGGAAAGUGUUCAGGCAGUGCCUUCAUGAAGUUCAUCAGAUAAGCUCUGGUUUGGAAGCAAUGGCUCUUAAAUCUACUAUUGACUUGACCUGCAAUGACUACAUUUCAAUUUUUGAGUUUGAUAUCUUCACUAGAUUAUUUCAGCCAUGGGGUUCAAUUUUAAGGAAUUGGAACUUCUUAGCUGUGACACAUCCUGGAUAUAUGGCAUUCCUGACAUAUGAUGAAGUGAAAGCGAGGUUGCAGAAAUACAGCACUAAGCCUGGGAGCUAUAUUUUCAGACUGAGUUGCACUCGCCUGGGGCAGUGGGCCAUUGGAUAUGUGACUGGUGAUGGGAACAUACUACAGACCAUACCUCACAAUAAGCCUCUGUUUCAAGCUUUGAUUGAUGGCAGCCGGGAAGGAUUCUAUCUGUUCCCAGAUGGACGAAGUUAUAAUCCUGAUCUGACAGGUUUAUGUGAACCCACACCACAUGAUCACAUCAAGGUCACACAGGAGCAGUAUGAAUUGUACUGUGAAAUGGGUUCCACUUUUCAGCUAUGUAAAAUCUGCGCAGAGAAUGACAAGGAUGUGAAGAUUGAGCCUUGUGGGCACCUCAUGUGCACUUCUUGUCUUACAGCAUGGCAGGAAUCUGAUGGCCAAGGUUGUCCUUUUUGCCGCUGUGAAAUCAAAGGAACUGAACCAAUCAUUGUGGAUCCCUUUGAUCCAAGGGAUGAAAACUCCAGGUGUUGCAGUAUUAUUGAUAGCUUUAGUAUGCCCAUGCUGGACUUAGAUGACGAUGAUGAUAGGGAAGAGUCUUUAAUGAUGAAUCGCUUGGCUUCAGUCCGAAAGUGCAAUGAGAGGCAGAAUUCACCAGUGACUUCCCCGGGAUCUUCCCCUCUUGCACAAAGAAGAAAACCACUUCCAGACCCCCUGCAAAUCCCACAUCUUAGUCUUCCACCUGUACCUCCUCGUCUGGACCUCAUUCAGAAGGGAGUAGCACGGUCACCAUGUGCAAGCCCGACUGGGUCACCAAAAUCUUCUCCUUGUAUGGUGAGGAAACAAGACAAACCUUUGCCAGCACCACCACCUCCCUUGCGUGAUCCUCCACCACCUCCACCAGAACGACCCCCUCCAAUUCCACCAGACAACAGAAUAAGCAGACACCUGCAUCAUCCAGAAAGUGUGCCUUCCAGAGACCAGCCAAUGCCCCUUGAAGGCUGGUGUCCCAGAGACGUGUUUGGGACAAGUCAGUUAGUAGGAUGUCGAAUAGGGAAUGAUGCUUCUCCCAAACCAGGACUGACUGCAGUUUCCAACAUAAAUGGAAGGCACAACCGCGUAACUUCUGAGCCAGGAUUUAUGAGGAAACACAGACGUCACGAGCUGCCUGUGGAAGGUGCCAAGGUAUUUUCAAAUGGUCAUCUGAUAAAUGAAGAAUAUGAUGUACCUCCACGGCUUUCACCUCCUCUUCCAGCUGUUUCCACCAUCCCUAGUAUAAAGUGCUCUCUUCCCUCAGCAAAUUCUCUGUCUGAUAAGUCAAGGGAUCACACAGAUGAUGAUGAUGAAUACAAAGUUCCUUCUUCACAUCCUGCAAUACUGAGCUCACAACCACCUCAUUGUCAUAAUAUAAAGCCUGUUGCUCGGGUGUGUGAGAAUGGUCAAUGUGCUGGAGUAACGAAUGGAACACACAGCGCUACUUCUGAGAUGAAGAAACCAAAACAUCCAGAGUUAGGAGAUGUCUAUGAUGCACCUACUGUUCCGGUACCUUUGCCACCUGCACGACCUCCUACCAGAGACAACCCAAAACACAGCUCUUUGCUCAACAGGACACCCUCCGAUUAUGAUCUUCUGGUGCCCCCUUUAGGUGAAGAUACGUUUGAUAGCUCACCCCCUUCACUACCACCACCACCACCACCUGCUCGGCACAGCAUCACUGAGCACACAAAACCUGCUGGCUCAGGAAGCCGACCUCCUUCAGGACAUGAACUGUUCCUUCAUCCUGAUCCCCAUUUUGAUCCAAUAACCGGUCACGUUCCUUUGCCACCAGCUCGUAGAGUAACUGGAGAAAACAUAAAAACAAAUAGGACAUCUCAAGACUAUGAUCAACUUCCUGCCUCUUCAGAUGGUUCACAAGCACCAGCCAGGCCCCCUAAACCACUUCCUCGGAGGACUGCACCAGAAAUACACCACAGGAAAGCAUACAGCUCUGACAAUUCCACGGAAAAUGUGGAUGCAAAAAUUGCAAAACUUAUGGGAGAAGGUUAUUCCUUUGAAGAAGUCAAGAGGGCACUUGAAAUUGCCCAGAAUAAUGUUGACGUGGCCCGUAGUAUUUUAAGAGAGUUUGUCUGUUUUCCUCCACCAGUCUCUCCACGUCUCAAUCUAUAGUAGUGAGAACAUUUCCUUGGAGCAUGUGAAUUCUACAUACACAUGUGUGGAUUGGGUUAUGAGAGAAAGAAGAGAACGGAAUAUUUUUCUUUCAUCUUUAAUAGGAGGGUGUCUGUUUCCAGCCGUUUAUCAAAGGCUCAUGGCUGCUCUGAUCAAGACUUAUAAAUAUGCUGAGGCUUAUGUAUUUUUGCUAGCCAUACUUUUUUAAAUCAGGGUUGAACUGACAAAAUAAUUUAAAGAAGUUUACUUCCCUAGAACUUUUAAUCUGUGAAAAAUGCUUUUUCUUGUUUACAAGUUGGCAAGUUACAGUUUUCUAGUUGAUGCCUGUACUAUGUUCAUAUCCCCCUGUACUUUUGGUCAGUUCUGCUGUAGCAUUCCCAACAGUUUCCAUGCUGACCACCCCAUCAACUAAAUCAUCACUUUCGAGAACUUGUUUUUGUUGUUUUGUUUUGUUUUGUUUUUUCUCUUACAAGAUGCUUUAAUUGUUUUUUUUGCAUUUCAGCUCAUCAAAUGCAAAAGUAUGUGGCCUUCACUACUGAUUUUUUUUUUUCUUCUGAGAUUCCUUUGUUUUUGAGAGAGGAAAUAUCUGAAUGUAAAAUACAUUAUUAUGUCUAUGAACUGCCUUUUUAAAGGUAUUUUGACAGUAAUGUUGGGCAGCUUUCUGUUUAACAUGAAUUUCAUGACCUGUAAUCUUCAAGGUCUUUUUAUACAGUUUCUACAAUUAAGAACAAAAAAUAUCCCAACCAAGAAUUACAAUAUUUCAUGCAGUGAUACUGAGUUCUGACAUAUAAAAGCUCUUUAAUAAUUGAGUAUUUGAUUGCAAAUGUUCAAAACAAGCAAACAACAAAACAAAUGCACAUGAUAAUAUACUGAAUUUUGAUUACACACUAAUUACACCACCUCUCUGUGAUGUAUGUAUACCAAGGCAUGCCAGACUAGAAGGAAUCUUUUUGAAUCACAUCAAUGGUUUUCAGGUAAAUUCCAGUUCUAGCUUCUGCAAAGUAGAAUGUGGUUAAUUUUUUGAGUGAUUAUCCUGUGGUUCAUUGUGGCUUGGAUCAGUUUGUAUUAACAUGGAAACUUCAAAAUUUUGAUGCACUGUUAAUUCUUAAUGCUACUGUAGCAAUAUUUUUUUGCAAAGUUCUUCAGUAAUCUCCUCUGUACACUCCUGUGUGUGUUUAAUAUCCAAAUUCAUUCAUUCACUUUCCAGCUGCUUAGUUGGAAAUACAUUUCUUUGCUUUAGAUGGUUGAUGAUACUACAGGCUUUGACGUGUUAUUUUCAAGCCCCAAAUGAUGCAAGCCAAAUUGAAAAUCCUUCUAAAUUUAGAAAAGACAGAGAGAAGAUGGUUGUGUUUUUAGUACACUGAAAGUUAAGAGUCCAAAUAUUUCCAGAAUAGUUUUUGAUUGCUGCUUCCCCGUCUUUGUAGGAAACUUCAAGUCUUCUUUUGUUACUGGUGAAAAGAUAAAACCAUGCGGUAGUUAGAUUUUUCACAUUUUGAGAUGUGACCAGUGUAUGAGAAUUUUCACAUUGUGCUAAGCUGGGUGUGAGUUAUGUAUUUAUUGUUCCCUCUCAGCUGUCAGUUUUUUCCUUCACUCAUAGCAAGUGAUAAAAGUUGUACCUCUUACAGGAUCAGAUCUCAGCAGCCAAUGCGUUUGUUCUUAAAUUUUUUGAAUAUGGCAAAUGCCUGAAUUGCAGGAUUCAAAGUAACUGGAAAUAUCCAGUGGAAAUUGCUGUGACAUCUCAAAGUCCACCAUUUCAUCAAAUAACUUAUUCUUAAAACUAAUUAAAUAAACUAUUUUACAGUAUCACAAAGCAUAGUAUGUCUAUCAUUAAUCUGCUUUGUUUCAGUGAUAAAAGAUGAUUAGAGGAAUUCAGGGUACAGGGAAGAGAUAAGUGCUUCUGUUCCAUAUUAGGUAAACAAUUCUGAGUUUAUGUUCUACAAAAGGCCAUUUACAGAUUCCUUUAAAUGUUCACUUGUGUACAGCUUAUGAAAAGUUUUGGUUGAAGUUAUAUUCUGUGCUUUUAAUCUCUCCCUUGUUCUGGGGGAAGGUUUUGUGCAGUCCUGAGCCCUGUUAUUUAUUUGGUUUGUUUACAGCAUCACUCUAGCAUUUCCACUAACUAUACAUGAAAAAUUACAUGUAGUGUUGAAUUAAAUGUUUAAAAAAUUAAAUUAAACCAGUGCAGUCUUACUGGAAUUACUUAAAUGUGGUUCUAGCAUAACUGCCAGCAUAGCAAUGAUGACAGUGAAGAAAAGAAUGCUUUACAGGGAUGAGAAAACAAUCUGCAGAUUGAAUUCUGAAUUGUAAUGGAGAGCCCUCUCAUUUUUUCAUUUUUAUGCAACAUCAUAGUGUAAAUGACAACCUUUUGUUUUAAUUAGAGGCUGGAACUGCUCAGGCUGCUGCCUGAUAAAUUAAGGUCUUAAUGUCUUUUUCCUUCUCCUUUCUGGUUGUGACCAGCAGUAACUUUUUUUUUUUUUUUUUUAAAGUAUAUGUUGAAAAUGCUUGAUGAACAAUAUUCUUAAUGGUGACUUGAAAAAGAGUUCCAUUAAUCUUUAAAUUAGUGUGCUGUUACCACUUCAAAAUAGUUAAACGUAAAGACUGUUUCAAACUCAUUUUGGUUAGUAGUUUAAAGUCAAAUAGAGUGAAAUUGCUUUGUUAGAAUGUUGAUGCUUACUAUGCAGGAAUUAAUAGGCUUAAAUAAUUUGGCUACAGUCUAAUUCUCUAAACAUCUUAACCGUUUAAAGACUCAAGGGUUCAAGUCUGGCAGUGUUGUGCACGUAUAUAACUUUAAGCAAGACUGACUAGUGAUACUGCUUGAAUGAACAGAAUGAACAAAGUUGGUUAAACAUAGAAAUGUGUGCUGUUGUGAUUAAAGCUACAGGCAUAUUUCCUCCAACUAAAUGUCAUUGCAGGCUUUAGACUACCAUUCUGAUGUCUGCAGGUAAACUUUACCUCCUUCUGGCUAAAUUUCAAGCAAAUUGGCUGAAUCAGAAGUUAAACAAAGUACAUGGACACUAGUAGCAUGGAUCUUUUCUAAGGGCUCUAGGAAAAAAUUGAAAUGGUGCUAAAAUAAAUGAAUUGAACAUGAUUAGCUUUGUUAACCCUUGGCUGGAACCCUAAAAUGGCCACUGGUAAAAAAAAUUUAAUGUUCAAUAUCUGAAGAGUGCAUCUGGCACAGAUUUUUUCAUAAUGUGAAUUUAGGAAGUUUGUACCAGGAUCAUUUCUUCUGUUAUAUGUUUCAUUUUCAGCUCAAAGCUUUUCUUUGCACUGAUGACUCUGACCUAAAAGCAUUUAAAUUUCCGUCUUAAAGCUUGACAGAUUUUGAAGCAGAUGAACGAACGGUGUAUUCUAAGCAGAUUCAGUUACUACCUGCUGACCUGGAAUUUAGAGCAUGUAGGAAAGACUUCUUGAAAAAAGACUUAAUUAGUUUCCAUUUUGAAGGGUUUUCUUCUAAAUAACUAUUUUAUAUGAGAAAUGCCUUUUAUAAACUUGUCUAACAUGUGGCAAACGUAGUGACGUGUUCAAUUAAUUUAUAUUUUAUUCAACAUUCUUUUUUUUUUUAUUUUGGUUAUUAUGUAAGCUCAAGUUCUUUAUCUGUUCUUGUAAGGUAUUUUAUAAAAUUAAUGUUAACAGAAUGUUGGGUUGCUCCGUGAUUUUUCAAGGCUCUGUCUCUCUGUUGUUGAAUAUUAACCCUUUUCAUAUGCUGCUUUAGAAGUAUACACUACCAUCUGUACGGGUCUUAGGAGCUAUUGGUUUGUAAGCCACAAAAAAAGAGGCCUCGCUGUAAAAUAAGGUGAAUCAUUGCAUUCAGACAUUUGCUUUGCAUCCCCAUACAGUACUUCACUUCUAAAUUUCAGUAGUGAAAAUUAGUAGUAACUUCAGAAUGUGCAUGUCUUAACUGUAUAGCAGAAAAAUCAUCAAAUAUUUACAAUCAAAAGUAAUGACUAUUACAACUACUGCACAUUAAUUUACAGGAUUUUUUUCUGCUGAAAAUGGCAACAGACUUGCACAGAUACUGCUUUGUCAUUCUGUGCACUUGCAUUCUCAACCAUAUUCUUAAUGUUAAAAAUACUUCAGGAGUGUAAAACACUUUUUUUUUUCUUUCUUGUUAUUGUAUUCCAGCAUGCUGAAAAAGUUCUGAAAAUCUAAAGUCAGUAUGAUGUAUUACAAUACAACUAUUACUACUUAAGGCCCAACCUCAUUACGCGAAGAUGGCAUUAGACAUUCAAUGAUUGGAUUUUCCUGCUACUUUCUUCCAUCCAUAUUAAAUUACUGUCCAUUAUAUCAGUUGCUAUAGACAUAUUACCAAGUAGAGAAGGUAACUGGUAUACUCAUCCUUAGUCCUACAGCUGCCUAUUUCUUUCAUUUCUCCUCUUCUGGUGUGGAAGUCAGCUGUCACUUCAUUGUGUCACAGAUACAUUUUAGCAGCUGGGUGCCUCAAGAAUGAGUUUUUGUUUGUUUGUUUGUUUGUUUGUUUGUUUUUCUGAUAGACCCAGUCAUCUAAUUCUGCACAAGCUACUUUCCUCCAUUUAUCAGUUGCAACGAGUCUCCAUCAGGAAAAUUAAAUACGGAUUUUAAAACACUGUGUGUUACUUUGAUACCAAAAUGUAUGCCUAACUAUACUGUUUGAAAAAAAGUCAGCUUUUCUUUAUUGCAGUAAUUGCCAUGGUUGCCAGCAGAAUGGAAAAGGAACAGAUAACUGCGUGGAAGAUAAUUCUGCUCCAACAGUCCAAGUCCUUCUAUCUUUUGGAGUACAAAAUUUAGCUGUUUUGAAUCUCCAGAGUGUCUAGUGCAAAUGAAGGAGUAUUUGGGAAGAUUAAUCAGUCUUCAAUUACUGUGUCCUUCUCCAAGAUGUUCUGUGUUAAUGUUAUUUCAGAACAGGAUGCCAGGGUCUUAGCAGCAGAGGGAAGUGUGAAGUAGCACUCUGCUCAUAAUGUUUUUUGGUGCUAGCAAAACAGCCAAAAGCUUCAAAAGGAUUUAUGUGAAAGCACUUCUGUUUUAAAGUUCAUCAUCUUGUUUUUUGAAGGGUAUAUGUAUGUACAUACUAAUCUGAUGAAGCAUGGAGGAGAACGUAUUCCAACGGAUGCCAGCCUGUGGAGUUUGAAACUAGGCAGUGGUACUCACUUCUGCAAAAUACAUGUUCCUUUUGGAUCGCUGAACUGAAUGUGCAGAAUAGUCAAGCUUGUAUCGUCAUCCAUGUUACAAAAGGCCAGGUUUUCUCCUUAGAUAGCUGAGGACUGCACAAUAAGUGGAGUAGCGAGAAUUUGCCUCUCUUAAUUUUGUGAUUAUCAUUGAAUUUCAAAUGCUGUACAAAGAUAAGUAAGGCUGCAUUAUUAGUCAUUCGGAAAUACCUCAAAGUAUUAACUGGCUUAAUUUUCUGAAGCUAUUGUCUUGCUUGAACAUUGUGUUUUUCAGGUGUUUCCUCUUGAAGUUUACAUCCUCAUUACCAGUUCCAUACGGUCAAUGUGGAUUUGUUGAACCAUUCUUUCAGAAUUCUGUACUUUUUCACUGAGGCUGUUAUCAGUAGUAUCUUUAUUAUCCAGGCUCAUGCACUGACAUUGAAAUCAUCUUGCUGUCACGCAUCCCAGCCCUGCCUUUUUUUUUUUCACAGCAGACGCAUCACUUGUUUGCAUUCUCAUCUGCUCCUUCUAAGACUGUUUUUCUUCUCUUCUUCCACCCCUAUUCUCUUUACAGUGACAUCAACCAUUAGUGCAUCCCUCAUCUUACUAAUUACGUUUUACAGUCUGCCAUCUCAGCUUGUGACCACAUCUGUAUUUUCAUACAUCUGUAUUUUCUUACAAGUGUUCUGCUAGUCUUGUCUCUUCAUUGCUAUGCAGAUUCUUUGUGCCAUAUCUGAAUUGGCUGCUGUGAACAUAGUCAUCCAAAAAGGAUUCAAAAUUCUGUGAGAAAGCCUGUUUUCUUUUUUAUAUAAUCAUCAGCAUUUUUUCUUGCUCCCUCCUUAGCCUAGGAAUAUACUCCUAUGUUUCAUGAUAAAUUUAGUUUGUAUGUGUGUCAGGAAAGGAGAUGAAAUCUACUGCUUGUUCCAGCAGAUCCCUGUUAUGUUUCUGAGAUGUGAAAAGACAAUAAAGGCAUCAUCUUCUAA